GAUCUACUUGAAAAAAUAAAAAUAAAAAAAUUUGCUGUUGGGACAAUGCUAAUUUUGUGAAAUUGUUCCAUUUUAAAACAUCUAAAAACAUUAUUGUCUGGAUUCCUUUAAUCAUAUGUUUCUGUUCUGUUAGAUUUUCCUCACAGCAAUAUGCAAGCUACACAAGGCGUUUCACUCCCACAUUACAUUCUUCCUGUGCCCAAAUUCUCAACCAGUGCUACCCUUCCAAAUUUUGCAUCUUUUCCAUCAAUCCUGAGCACCUCCAAAUUGAGUUUGACUUGGGGGUUUUACAAACCACUUAUUUGGUUGCACACAGCACCUAGCUGGAGGAGGAGUAGCUGUGGUGGUUCUCUUAUGGUCCAGUGUGGCUCUACUUCUAAUGGAGAAAAUGAUGAUGGGUUUUACAUCAGAAGAUGUGUUGAGAUUGCAAAAAAGGCUGUUGGGUUUACCAGCCCCAAUCCAUUGGUUGGAUGUGUAAUUGUUAAAGAUGGGAAAGUUGUUGGUGAAGGCUUCCACCCUAAACCAGGGCAACCUCAUGCUGAGGUGUUUGCUCUGAGGGAUGCGGGUGAUUUGGCGGAGAAUGCAACAGCUUUUGUGAGCUUGGAACCUUGCAAUCAUUUUGGGAGGACUCCCCCUUGUACUGAAGCUCUAGUUAAAGCCAAAGUGAAAAAGGUUGUUGUUGGGAUGGUGGAUCCAAAUCCCAUUGUGGCCUUCAAAGGGGUGGAUAGAUUGAGAGAUGCAGGAAUUGAAGUUGUUGUGGGUGUAGAGGAAGAAUUGUGCAAGAGCCUCAAUGAGGCGUAUAUUCAUCGCAUGUUGACUGGAAAGCCCUUCCUCACUUUGAGAUAUUCUCUUUCUGUCAAUGGGAACUUAUUGAACUUGCUUGGGAGUGGAGUUACAAACUGUGGUGGAUACUAUUCACAGCUAUUAAAAGAAUAUGAUGCAGUGGUACUUUCUUCUUCCUUAUUUAAUGGAAAUUUAUCAGCACCUGCAUCUCAAGAACCUGGUGCCAAUCAACCGACAAGGAUUAUAAUACAUAAAGAUCCUAGUUCUUCAAAUGAAAUUCCGCUAGUCAUGAAUGAUGAUACUGGUAAAGUAAUAAUCUUUGCAGAUUAUAGAACAGCAACAGCUCCAGAAGUGGCCCAACGAGGAAUUGAAACUGUAGCUCUGGAUCAGAUAAAUCUAGAUGUGAUCUUGGAUUAUUGUAAUCGUCAAGGAUUGUGCAGUGUUCUUUUAGAUAUGAGGGGGAAUUUCCGUGAGUUUGAAGAGCUCGUUAAGGAGGGUAUUAAGAAGAAAUAUAUUAAUAAGUUUGUGACAGAAGUUUUGCCAGUUUGGAAUGGGUGUGCUGAGACAGAUCCUCUACUGACAUUAAAGAACUUAGAGCAAGGAGUAAAAGUGGUAAAUUUACAGUCCAAGGCCUCAGAUCAAAGUGUUGUAAUUGAGGGAUAUUUUGAAUUUUAAGUAACUGGAUUCAUGGUACCCAUGAACUUCCAUCUAUCAUUCUUUCUGUGCCAUGUUUUUUGCCUAGGCAUUAUUUGCUGUAGGCUAAAAUGAGAGAGCAAUUAUAGUAUUUUGCUGGGCAAAAGUUGGAGGGGUAUGGGUAUCAGUGAUGAUCUUUAUUUCCUUUUUUUUGGGACUCUAAUGUUACCUUAAAGUUGGACAACAUGUUUCCAUGUGGAAUGUAAACUGUGGAUGUUAGCAGUUUGAUUUGGACUGUAUUCUGGAUUGUUUGUGGGACAUUCACAAAUAAAUAGAGAAAGCAGAGUACUUGAUUUGAACUUCCUUUUGCAUCGUUUCUCUGUAUUAUGUAAAACAGACCAUUCUGUAAUUCAAUAAACUUUGAUGAAUUGUUAUAGUGGAGAGGUACAGGAAUGGUCAUAAUUCAUUCUUCUAGGUUUUCUUAUUUGUUUCAUUAUAAUUGAAUUGUUGUAUCGAUGGACAGUAGUGCGACUC